AUGAGUUGGUCCUCGCACCUUCCGAGUGUAAUCUACUUCUACAUUCUUUCAUUGCUCUCUUCACCAUGCCUGGCAUAUGUUGCUACCCGAGACAACUGCUGCAUCUUAGAUGAAAGAUUUGGUAGUUAUUGCCCAACUACCUGUGGAGUUGCAGAUUUCCUGUCUAAUUACCAAACCAGUGUAGACAAGGAUCUACAAAAUUUGGAAGGCAUCUUAUAUCAGGUUGAGAACAAAACAUCAGAAGCCAGAGAGCUGGUCAAAGCAAUCCAAAUCAGCUAUAACCCUGAUGAACCAUCAAAGCCAAAUAACAUAGAGAGUGCUACCAAGAAUUCCAAGAGAAUGAUGGAAGAAAUUAUGAAAUAUGAAACAUUGAUAGCAACACAUGAAUCAACAAUUCGAUUUUUGCAGGAAAUGUAUAACUCAAAUAAUCAAAAAAUCAAUAACCUAAAACAGAAAGUGGUCCAGCUUGAAGCAAACUGUCAAGAGCCUUGUCAAGAUACAGUGAAAAUACAUGAUGUAACUGGGAGAGACUGCCAAGAGGUUGCUAAUAAGGGGGCCAAAGAGAGUGGGCUUUACUUUAUCAGACCUCUGAAAGCUAAGCAGCAGUUCUUAGUCUACUGUGAAAUCGAUGGGUCUGGAAAUGGAUGGACUGUGUUUCAGAAGAGGCUUGACGGCAGUGUGGAUUUCAAGAAAAACUGGAUUCAAUAUAAAGAAGGGUUUGGACAUCUGUCUCCAACUGGAAACACAGAAUUUUGGCUGGGAAAUGAGAAGAUUCAUUUGAUAAGCACACAGUCUACCAUCCCUUAUGUAUUAAGAAUACAGUUGGAGGACUGGAAUGGCAGAACCAGCACUGCAGACUAUGCUUCAUUCAAGUUAACAGGUGAAAAUGACAAAUACCGCCUGACGUAUGCUUACUUCAUCGGUGGAGAUGCUGGAGAUGCAUUUGAUGGCUAUGAUUUUGGGGAUGACUCUAGCGACAAGUUUUUCACAUCCCAUAAUGGCAUGCAGUUCAGUACCUGGGACAGUGACAACGAUAAGUAUGACGGCAACUGUGCUGAACAGGAUGGAUCGGGUUGGUGGAUGAACAAAUGUCAUGCUGGCCACCUCAAUGGAGUUUAUUAUCAAGGCGGCACUUACUCAAAAACAUCUACUCCUAAUGGUUAUGAUAAUGGCAUUAUUUGGGCCACCUGGAAAUCCCGGUGGUAUUCAAUGAAGAAAACCACCAUGAAGAUAAUCCCAUUUAACAGGCUUGCUAUCGGAGAAGGACAGCAGCACCAUCUGGGCGGAGCCAAACAGGUCGGAGCAGAACAUCACGUUGAAAUAGAAUAUGACUAA